GGAAAGAAGCCCUCGCUGGAGGUGCUGGCAUUUAAAAUGUUGGGCAGGCGCACAUGUUGCUUAAAUUUCUGACAGUGGCUGGAGAUUACAGAUUGGUUAGUGGGAAGUAAAGUACGUAAAUUGUAAAUUCUCCACUGGGUGGAGUCUGAGCAGUUCUUUGAAUCUCUCAUCCUAAGAUCUGGCCUGAACAUUGGCAAGAAAUUCUUGAGAGUUCCUUGAGAGGUUCCAGGAGCCGAGCACCCCACUGGAAUCCUAGUUUAAGAGAACAACUUGUAAUGGAGCCUUCAUCUCUUGAGCUGCCGGCUGACACAGUACAGCGCAUUGCGGCUCAACUUAAAUGCCACCCAACGGAUGAAAGGGUCGCUCUCUACCUAGAUGAGGAAGAUAAGCUGAGGCACUUCAGGGAGUGCUUUUAUAUUCCCAAAAUGCGAGAUCUGCCUCCAAUUGAUUUAUCAUUAGUGAAUAAAGAUGAAAAUGCCAUCUAUUUCUUGGGAAAUUCUCUUGGCCUUCAACCAAAAAUGGUUAAAACAUAUCUUGAAGAAGAACUAGAUAAGUGGGCCAAAAUAGCAGCCUAUGGUCAUGAAGUAGGGAAGCGUCCUUGGAUUACAGGAGAUGAGAGUAUCGUAGGCCUUAUGAAGGACAUUGUAGGAGCCAGCGAGAACGAAAUAGCCCUAAUGAAUGCUUUGACUAUAAAUUUACAUCUUCUACUGUUAUCAUUUUUUAAGCCUACGACAAAACGAUAUAAAAUUCUUCUAGAAGCCAAAGCCUUUCCUUCUGAUCAUUAUGCUAUUGAGUCACAGCUACAACUUCAUGGACUUAAUAUUGAAGAAAGUAUGCGGAUGAUAAAGCCAAGAGAGGGGGAAGAAACCUUAAGAAUAGAGGAUAUCCUUGAAGUAAUCGAGAAGGAAGGAGAUUCAAUCGCAGUGAUCCUGUUCAGUGGGGUGCAUUUUUACACUGGACAGCACUUUAAUAUUCCUGCCAUCACAAAAGCUGGACAAGCGAAGGGUUGUUAUGUUGGCUUUGAUCUAGCACAUGCAGUUGGAAAUGUUGAACUCGACUUACAUGACUGGGGAGUCGACUUUGCCUGCUGGUGUUCCUACAAGUACUUAAAUGCAGGAGCAGGAGGUAUUGCUGGUGCCUUUGUUCAUGAAAAACAUGCCCAUACGAUUAAACCUGCAUUAGUGGGAUGGUUUGGCCAUGAACUCAGCACCAGAUUUAAAAUGGAUAACAAACUGCAGUUAAUCCCUGGGGUCUGUGGAUUCCGAAUUUCAAAUCCUCCCAUGUUGUUGGUCUCUUCCUUACAUGCUAGUUUAGAGAUCUUUAAGCAGGCGACAAUGAAGGCAUUGCGAAAGAAAUCUAUUUUGCUAACUGGCUAUCUGGAAUAUCUGAUAAAGCAAAAGUAUAUCAACGAUAAAGCAACAAUCAAGAAACCAGUUGUGAACAUAAUUACUCCAUCCCGUAUAGAGGAACGGGGCUGCCAGCUAACAAUAACAUUUUCUGUUCCAAACAAAGAUGUUUUCCAAGAACUAGAAAAAAGGGGUGUGGUUUGUGACAAGCGGAAUCCAAAUGGCAUUCGAGUGGCUCCAGUUCCUCUCUACAAUUCUUUCCAUGAUGUUUAUAAAUUUAUCAAUCUGCUCACUUCUAUACUUGACUCUGCAGAAACAACAAAUUAGCAGUGUUUUCUAGAACAACUUAAACAAAUUAUACUGAAAACUGCUGUGGUUAUUUCAGUAUACUCAAUUUUUAAUUAUUGAAAGUAUGUCACUGUAUUGAUCACAUGUAACUAACAAUAAAUAAUUACCUUACAGAAAA